AUGCACUCCGAAACGUAUCAUCCCAGAGCCGCCAUGCCGCCAACAGCAUUUGGGUCCCGCUAUACCAAUUGCCCAACCACACACACAUAUACAACCGCCGCCAUGUUUCAGCCUGUAGCAAGCACCAGAGCCGUUAUGCCGUCGACGUACGCUGCCUCAGCAAUUGGAAACUUAACUGCAGCGACAGUGGCGAGCGCAUCCUCUGCCGCGAUGCCACUACUACAAUCAGCACCAACUGCAGCCAGCAGUAAUGCCAGCGCUGCUACGACCUGUUCAAUGCCAUUAUGGGAGCCAUUGCAAAAUUUUCAACACUUUGAUACUUUUCCAAAUCCAAGCAUACCUGCGAUCACAAUGCCAAGAAAAAUUCAAGAUUUGCCAGAAUUCAGUGGUGAUCCAGACGACUGGCCAUUAUUUUAUACAGCUUUCAACCAGUCAACUGCAGCAUAUGGUUACACGAAUUUGGAAAAUAAUCAACGUUUGCACAAAUUUGGUAGACCGGAGCAGCUCAUACAUAGUCAGUUACGCCAAGCCAGGGAAUUGCCUCAGAUUUCGGAAAAUAACUUAGGGAAGUUAGUGCCAUUUUCAACAAAAGUUAAAAAUUUAGCUGUUUUCCUGCAAUCCGUGAAUGGACAAAAUCACAUUGCUAACCCUACACUUCUGGAGGAGUUGGUGUCGAAGCUUCCAAUGAGUAAGAAAUUAGAAUGGGCCAGGGUAGCCACUCAAAUUCAACCAUAUCCUACAAUAAUACAUUUCAGCGAUUGGCUUUGCGAGAUUGCUAAUUUAAUAUGCAUAGUGCAGGAUGUGGAAUAUAAAGACCAAAAGCGCCGUGUUUUAUUGCAUUCCACCGGACAACAAAUACAAUGCCCUAUGUGCCAGGGCCAACAUAGGAUUUAUGAUUGCCGCCGGUUUUUAAACCUGAAUGUUCCAGAUAGAUGGAAACAAGUUAAAAAAAAUCGUGCCUGUUUUUCCUGUUUGCACACUGGACAUAUAACCCGAGACUGUCGACGUAGACGAGUAUGCCCUGAGGAAGGAUGCGAGCGAAGGCAUCAUAAAUUACUUCAUGAGUGCACCACCCCCUGUGUUCCACCACCAACUUUGGCGAAUCCUGAUCCUAAAUCUCAACAAAAUGUUCUCAGUUGCAAUUCCGAAGAUAAGAAGAAACUUCUUUUUAGGGUUCUGCCUGUAACAUUGUACGGGAACAAUUGUUCAAUGGAAGUCUACGCCCUCUUUGAUGAUGGAUCAUCCAUCACCAUGAUGGACAGCGAUAUUGCCGAAAAAAUAGGGAUAAGAGGAAAGAAUACUUCGCUCAAUGUUCAAUGGUUCGGAGGCCGAUCAGCCAGAGAGCCCGUGACAUCCUUCAACAUAAAAUCCUUGAGUCAAGAUGAAAUUUUAUCAGCCUUUAAGAACUGUAAAUUUCCUCCCGUGAAACCCUACUCCAAUGUAGUGCCAAAGCUUUUGAUUGGAUUGGACCACGCGUCUCUAGGGUUGCCAUCGAAUUGUAAAAUAAAUAAUGAAUUUGGACCAUUUGCAUGUAAUACGGAAUUGGGAUGGGUUGUUUUCGGGCCAUGUCACUCUUUAUCCUCAAUUCAGAAGUCAUCUUUGUUUAUUUCGGUGGAAAACAAAGACGAAUUACAUCAAAUAGUAGCUGAUUAUUUUAAUGUGGAAGGUAUGGGAGUUAGAUCUGCUCCUUUAGUUGAAAGCGAUGAUGAUGUUAGAGCCAAGAGAAUUCUUGAAGAAACCACUCAACGAAUUGGAGAUCGAUUUCAAACUGGGCUGUUGUGGAAACAAGGUGAGAUUCGUCUCCCAGAUAGUUACCCGAUGGCACUUAGUCGUCUGGAAGGAAUUGAAAGGAAGAUGAAACGAGAUCCCAAGUUCUCUGCGGCCUACAGGGAAAUUAUAGAUAAAUACAUAGAGAAAGGAUAUGUUCGGAAACUACAAUCAGACGAGGUACGAAUUUCUAGUGAAAGAAAAUGGUAUUUGCCGCAUUUCGGGGUAGUCAACCCGAACAAACCUGAAAAGUUAAGACUCGUUUUUGAUGCAGCCGCCAAGGUAAACAAUAUUUCGCUGAAUUCUAUGCUGUUAAAAGGACCUCAAAAUAUAGCUUCCUUGUUGACUAUACUGUAUAAUUUCCGCCGAGGCAAAAUAGCAGUUGGUGCCGAUAUAUGUGAAAUGUUUCACCAAGUUAAAAUUCAGCCGAGUGAUAGAGUUUCCCAGCGAUUCCUAUGGAGGGAUGGAAAUCAGAAAGAGCCACCGGGUGUAUACGAGAUGCAGGUCAUGAUCUUCGGUGCAGCCUGCUCACCAUGCUCAGCCAUUUUUGUCAUGAAAGCAAAUGCUAAAGAACAUUUGCACUAUAAUCCAAGAGCGAUUGAAGCCAUUAGCGAGAACCAUUAUGUUGAUGAUUUUGUAGAUAGCUUUGAAAGUGUAGAUGAAGCUAUCAUUAUUUCUAAACAAGUGAAAGAAAUUCACAAAAAUGGCGGAUUUGAAUUGAGGAACUUCAUAUCAAACUCGAAGGAUGUCUCCCAGACACUUGAUGGUAGUUUGAAAGCAAUGCCGAUUAAUAACGGAGCAGAGAAGGUCUUAGGAUUAUAUUGGGAGCCUUCUAGUGAUACGUUUAUGUUCAACUUAAAAUUCAAUCGAGUCGAUUCAUCCAUAAUUUCUGGAGAACUGAAACCAACAAAAAGGAAACUUUUAAGCAUUAUAAUGUCUAUAUUUGACCCCCUUGGACUUUUGGGCCACUUUACAGUGGGUGGAAAAUUAUUAAUGCGACAGAUUUGGAAACACGAUUGUCGAUGGGAUGAUAUUAUUCCUGACGAUUUACAUGCCAUAUGGGAAAGGUGGAGAGGUCAGAUGAAAAAUGUUGCCAAAUUUAGCGUCCCUAGACAUUAUUUUCAAACAGGUUUGCCAACAUCACUACAGCUUCAUAUCUUUGUUGAUGCCAGUGAGGAUGCCUUUGCUGCAGUGGCAUAUUGGAGGUACAUUUCGAAUGAGUACACUGAUACCAGCUUCAUCACUUCUAAAAUUAAAUGUGCACCUCUGAAAAAAGUUACGAUUCCGCGUCUGGAGCUACAAGCUGCCGUUUUGGGAACUAGAUUAAUGCAGACUAUUAUGUCAUCUCAUAUUUUGACCCCAGAAAAGAUUGUUUUGUGGAGUGACUCCACAACAGUGUUACGAUGGAUAGCCAGCAGCCACAGACAAUAUAAACAGUACGUCGCCCAUCGAAUUUCUGAAAUAUUGUCAUCAACAAAAAUAGAGAAUUGGAGAUGGGUUCCAACAAGUGAAAAUGUAGCCGAUGAAGGCACCAGGUCAUUCAACAAUAUUGACUUUUCCAUGUCGUCCCGAUGGUUAAGAGGUCCUGCUUUCUUGAGAAUGACUGAACAUGACUGGCCUACUAGAGUAAUUGACACCACCUGUGCUAAUGAUAUUGAGGAAAAUCAUCCGAAAACAUCAUUAUUGAUUGUUGAGAAUGAUUUUAUUGAUUUUAACCGGUUUUCGUCAUUUACAAGAAUAAUAAGGUCGACUUGUUGGAUUAUUCGUUUUGUGAAAAGAUGCCGAAAUAUUUUUGACGAUUCGGAACAGUAUGGUCUCACGUCCCGUGAAUUAAAUUGCGCCGAAGAAAUAUUAUGCCGCCUAGUACAAAGAGAAAGGUUUUCUGCCGAGUUAAGUUGCAUUGAAAAAGGGCAGCCAGUUUCAAAGAACAGUAGUUUGAUUAGUUUAUCUCCCUAUAUUGAUGGUAAUGGUCUUUUAAGAGUAUAUGGAAGAAUAGAUGCUGCCAGCUACCUAUCAUACAACGUGAAAAGGCCAAUAAUAUUGCCUAAAAAUCAUCAGUUUACGAAACUUUUAGUCAUGCAUCAUCAUCGCCAGAUGAUGCACCAAAAUCACGAGGCUACGGUGUGUGAAAUUCGAAAAAAGUAUUGGAUACCACAAGUACGUUCUUUGUUGAAGACAGUAGUUGCCGAGUGUUUUUUAUGCCGAUCUAGAAAAUGUUUACCACGAUUGCCCAUCAUGGGGCAGCUGCCAUUAGACCGCCUUGAUCCUAAUAUUCCGCCGUUCAAAUAUACAGGACUUGAUUAUUUUGGACCAAUUACUGUAACAAUUGGAAGGAGAUCCGAGAAAAGGUGGGUAGCAUUGUUUACAUGCUUAACAAUACGUGCUAUACAUCUGGAAUUAGCGCAUGACUUGUCAACGGAUUCGUGUAUCAUUGCCAUAAGGAAUUUCAUUAAUCGUAGAGGUGUUCCAACCAGGAUUCGUUCCGAUAACGGGACAAAUUUUAUUGGGGCCAACGAGGAGUCUAAAAGAUUCACCGAAGCCUUUGAUGCUAAUAGAAUCCAGAGUGAGUUAUCCAAGAGAGGAAUUGAAUGGAUUUUUAAUUGUCCGGCUAAUCCUUCGGAAGGUGGCGCUUGGGAAAGAAUGGUACAGUGUGUGAAAAAAGUUUUGCGGCAUACACUGAAAGAAAUCUCACCUCGAGAACAUGUACUACAGUCUCUUUUAAUCGAAGCAGAGAAUAUAGUGAAUUCCCGCCCACUAACUCACUUGCCAAUAAGUCCUGAUGAGGAGGAACCACUUACUCCUAACCAUUUUUUAAUUGGCUCGGGAAAUGUUGCACCUACCCCGCCAGUGAAUGAACCCGACGGGAAGCUUUUUUCCCUGAAAAAACAAUGGAGAGUUCUGAGGUGUCUUCGAGAUAGAUUUUGGAAGCGGUGGAUUGCAGAAUACUUACCCACUCUCACCAGGAGAGUUAAGUGGUGUGAAUAUACUCAACCAAUCAGUGCUGGAAAUGUGGUUUUCAUCUGCGACCCAAAUGUUCCAAGGAGUCAAUGGCGGAGAGGUUUGGUCACUUGUGUCUACACGGGUACGGAUGGUGUGCCAAGAAGAGCUGAUGUGAAGACUUCGUCCGGAGUACUGCAACGUCCGGUAUCCAAGUUAGCUGUUUUGGACAUAGAAAUUAGUGAAGCUGAUCGCUCCACGGGGGUGGGGGUGUUGUAGAUCAGGCCUAUUAUUUGAUGUUAUCGAUAAUUGUUAUUUUGAUUCUAUCGAUUAUUAUUUGCAUUGUCACUUUGUAUUGAAUUACCGCAGUUUGCUGAUUCCUCUUUCUUUGCAUAUUUGUGCUUAUCGUUGCUGAGCGCAAUUAGCUCAUUUUAAAUUUGAUAUUCGUUGAAGAAGGAGGCGCAAAACUGCGAAAUAAACGCAGCAACAAUAUAAACGUGUUUUAUUGUCCGUUUAACGCAAGCCUCCUGCCCUUCUAGCCGC